AUGUUUUCUCUCAGUGUAGUCUGGCAAAUUGCGCUAUUUUGUAGAAACUCGUUUUUCCCUACGUACUGUUUGUACGUACUGUUUUGUGGCAUAUCCGAUAUCAUAUAUUCAUCCCACAAACCUCAUCUGUUGCCGCCAAAACUCAGCCGCCCCCAUUUUGUUCCAGGUGGAGCCGGGGGACUGCUUCUAGACACAGGCUGCGGCCCCUCCUUCCUCCCAUUACCGACGCCGGUCCUGGACCAAGUGGCCGCCGGCAACAAAGAACCUGGAGUCACCACCCUCAAGCUCCCGGAGACCUUCCAAAGGCCGUCGGACCCCUCGGUCCGCGACCUUGACCUCGAGGUCUGCUUCGUCUGCAAGAAGUGCCGACUGGCCUUCACCGGGGAAUCCCCGCUGCUCAUCCACCAGCGGCAGUGCUACGCAGGCGACCAAGCCAGCAGAGGAGCCUUCCGGAUCGUCCAAGCAGGCUACGAGUGCCGCAGCUGCAGCAGCGAGCGCUUCAAGAGCUUCCUGGAGCUCAAGAAGCACUGCGACAGCGAGGCGCACUUCAAAGCCACAGGUGGGACAGGCAACAAGUUGACUUUCCUGCCGCCGCCUAGUGAGUCUCCCCUGAGCCACGAGAUGGAAGACGUGGUCAACCAGAUCACGUUGCUUGCCGCUCAGGCUCAGGUGGACUCAGGGAGCGGGUUCUGCCAGCCGGAGCCUAAGCGGAGGUUCUUGACGCCCGCAGACGUUGCUCAACCUUUAGCUACCGGACAUUGAACCUCUACCAAGACGAAGCGCUCAGCUACGUUACACUGUCUCCUUGGCCUCUCUAGAGGCACCUAUGUGCAAUAAUACUCCCCAGUUUCUUUAUAGAUUCAUGGUAUGAUGGUGUAUUGUAGCUGGGUGGGAGUAUAUCGGAGAUUAUCGCGGGGGCUGGAAGUCUUCUUGAAGGGGUUGAAAGUCUCCUGGAGGAGGCUAGUGGUCCUCUAGGCUAGCAAAGGAACUCGAACUUUCGAUUUCCAAGUCCUACGUGUGGUGUUGGGGCUAGUGGUAUAACGUGGGGGUUUUGAGGAAAGUUUGUGUGGGUGUCAUGUCUUUUUUUGGUUUAGUGUGAAGAAUCUGCAGGGUUCCAAUUCGUGUGGAAGUCAAGGUUCCAAGUGGCUUCAAGAGAAGGUGAGUACCAACCUUAUGAUGUUGAAGAAUCUAUAGUUGGUCAAUAUUAAGGGAGCUUGUGACAAACAUUCUUCAGGUCAAGUAUAGAUGAUGA